CGCUGUUGCUAUGACGCAAUGGCGACUGCGCCGUGGGAAGCGAGCGGGGAGUUGAAUGAGUUCCCUCCGCAGUUGAAGGCAAGCAGCCGGUCCCGACAGCCGACAGGACACCGCCAGUGCCGAGGGACAGACAGCGGCCACGGAGACCAGCGGCGGGACCUCCCCUUCCUCCCCUCUGUCCUCCCACACUGCGUGGAAACCCGCAGCCAAGCCAGGCGUGUCCGUUAGCCGCCCAGCUAGCCGCGUCAUGACCGUUGGAGACGUUUUCUCACACGUCUGUGCGGCUUCGCAGCGAGAGACGCUCAGCGACACCCAGUUCAGACCCUCGCUAGCUGAAACCAAAACCUCCACCGGGUUGCUAACGAUGAUGUUGGAGCCGACGCCGGCUGUCGCUGUUACCCUCCCGGCGGAGGUCCGGGAGAAGCUGGCGGAGCUGGAGCUGGAGCUCUCUGAGGGGGACAUCACUCAGAAGGGCUAUGAGAAGAAAAGAGGCAAGCUGUUGGCGCCGUACAUCCCUCAGAUACAAGGUGUAGAUCCUUCUCUGCAAAUUGACAACAGGAUCCAGGCCUCCUCCCAAGCUGUUCUGCCGGGUUCCAAACACAACAAGUCCCGGGCGGCCAACACCCGGGAUGAACGCUUCCGAUCUGAUUUGCACACAGAAGCUGUCCAAGCAGCUUUGGCAAAAUACAAGGAGAGGAAGAUGCCAAUGCCCUCCAAGAGACGAUCCGUGUUAGUUCAGUCUUCCGUCGAGGCAUGCACCCCGCCAGACACCUCCUCAGCGUCGGAAGACGAGGGCUCACUCCGCCGGCAAGGACGCCUGGCCACCUCAACGCCCUACCAGGGCCACGGCCCGCCAGCCGUUGAGCACUGGUUUAACCGUGUCAUCCAGGGUUCGUCCACCUCAUCCUCCGCGUCAUCCACCUCAUCCCACCCGGGAGGGAGAUCCGUCACCAACACCACUUCCCACGCGGUCCUCAACGUGAACGCCGCCGCUACCGCACUGGCCGACUUUAUGGCCCACACCCAGCUAGAUAACCACUCAGCUCCCCCCGAUGUGACGGGGCUGUCGGAGCGCUCCUCGCUUCAUGCGGAGCGUCCCCAGGUGGCCUCGGUGCGAGGCGUUUCCCGGGGCUAUAACCACCACACCAGCGUCAUGGAGACCGCAGAUGGCUGUGAGUGGAGAAGUGAUGGAUCCCUCAGUUUAAUGGAUGGUGUUCCAGUCAACAGUCGCGUCUCCUCCAAAAUCCAGCAGCUGCUCAACACUCUGAAGAGACCGAAGCGGCCGCCGUUGCGAGAGUUCUUUGUCGACGACUUCGAGGAGCUUUUGGAUGUUCAGCAGCCAGAUCCCAACCAGCCAAAACCGGAAGGCCAGCACAUGAGUCCCCUAGAAGGCGAUCCUCUCGGGGGGGUCAACACCUGGCCUCCCUCCUUGCCAGCAGCCUUACAUCGGUGGGGUACGACUCAGCCCAAGAGCCCCUGCCUGACGGCCCUCGACAAUGCUGGCAAGCCGGUGUACACGCUCACCUAUGGUAAACUAUGGACCCGCAGUCAGAAACUGGCCUACACGCUUCUUAACAAGCUGAGUACCAGAAAUGAGCCUUUGCUGGUGCCCGGCGACAGGGUUGCACUUGUUUUCCCCAACAACGACCCAGUGAUGUUCAUGGUUGCCUUUUACGGCUGUCUCUUGGCCGAGCUGGUUCCGGUGCCGAUUGAAGUCCCGCUCACCAGAAAGGAUGCCGGCAGUCAACAGAUUGGCUUUCUGUUGGGAAGCUGUGGCGUCACGUUGGCACUGACCACUGACGCGUGUCAGAAAGGCUUGCCCAAAGCACAAACGGGGGAGGUAGCCACGUUCAAAGGCUGGCCACGGUUACUGUGGUUCGUGACGGAUGGAAAACAUGUUGUGAAGCCCCCGAAGGACUGGCACCCUCCGAUACGGGACACCAGUAAUGACAUAGCUUACAUAGAGUAUAAGACCAGCAAGGAGGGAAGCACCAUGGGCAUCACAGUGUCCAACGCAGCCACGCUGGCCCACUGUCACGCGCUCACUCAGGCCUGCGGCUACACUGAAGGUGAGACAAUAACCAACGUCCUGGACUUCAAAAGAGAAGCAGGGUUAUGGCACGGCGUUCUCACUAGUGUCAUGAAUCGGAUGCACGUGAUCAGCAUUCCUUACUCCCUGAUGAAAGUCAACCCCCUCUCCUGGAUACAGAAGGUUCACACAUACAAAGCAAGGGUUGCCGUGGUGAAGUCGAGAGACAUGCACUGGUCUCUGCUGGCGCAGAGAGACCAAAGAGAUGUCAGCCUGAGCUCCCUGCGCAUGCUGAUCGUAGCCGACGGAGCUAACCCAUGGUCGAUAUCCUCGUGCGAUGCCUUCCUCAACGUGUUUCAGGCACGUGGGCUGCGACCUGAGGUGAUCUGUCCAUGUGCCAGCUCUUCAGAAGCCAUGACUGUCGCCAUCCGCAGGCCUCCAGAAAUGGGUGUUCCUCCUCCAGGGAAGGCGGUGCUGUCAAUGGGCGGGCUGAGCCACAGUGUGAUCCGUGUGGACACGGAGGAGAAACUCUCCGUCCUCACAGUGCAGGAUGUAGGACAGGUCAUGCCCGGAACCCUGGUGUGUGUGGUGCGGGUGGAGGGGACACCCUAUCUCUGUCAGACGGACGAGGUUGGAGAGAUAUGCGUGAACUCGGGUAUCCCGGGCGUAGCUUACUACGGCCUGCCGGGCAUGACCAAGAACAUCUUUGAGACCAUCCCGGUGACAUCAUCUGGGAUUCCCAUCUGCGACAGACCAUUCACUAGGACAUCGCUCCUGGGCUUUGUGGGGCCGGACAGCCUUGUGUUUGUCGUGGGGAAGAUGGAUGGGCUGAUGGUGGUCAGUGGCCGGAGACACAAUGCCGAUGAUGUGGUUGCCACAGCACUGGCAGUGGAGCCCAUGAAGUUUGUUUACAGGGGGAGGAUAGCAGUGUUUUCAGUGUCUGUGCUGCAUGACGAGAGGAUCGUGGUCGUGGCAGAGCAGAGGCCGGACGCCUCUGAGGAGGACAGCUUCCAGUGGAUGAGCCGCGUCCUCCAGGCCAUAGACAGCAUCCACCAGGUCGGAGUGUACUGCCUGGCUCUGGUGCCUGCCAAUACGCUUCCUAAGGCUCCUCUGGGCGGCAUCCAUAUAUCCGAGACCAAACAGCGCUUCCUGGAGGGCGCCUUGCACCCCUGCAAUGUCCUCAUGUGCCCUCACACAUGCGUCACCAACCUGCCCAAGCCCAGACAAAAACAGCCAGAGGUCGGCCCUGCUUCCAUGAUAGUGGGCAACCUGGUGGCCGGCAAGAGGAUUGCCCAGGCCUGUGGGAGGGACGUGGCCCAACUCGAGGACAACGACCAGGCACGUAAGUUCCUGUACAUCCAGGACGUGUUGCAAUGGAGAGCUCAAGCCACUCCAGACCACCCAGUGUUCCUUGUCCUCAAUGCUAAGGGCACGGUGGCUAGCACAGCUUCCUGUCUGCAGCUGCACAAGCGGGCAGAGCGGGUGGCUGCAGCACUGAUGGGACGCCUCAACACCGGAGACCACGUAGCACUCGUCUACCCACCAGGAAUCGACCUGAUUGCCACUUUCUACGGCUGCCUGUACGCUGGCUGUGUGCCAGUCACUGUCAGACCCCCCCACCCCCAGAACCUGGCAACCACGCUGCCCACCGUCAAGAUGAUUGUUGAGGUCAGUAAGUCGGUGUGCAUCCUGACCACUCAAGCAAUAAUGAAGCUGUUCCGGUCCAAGGAGGCUGCUGCUGCUGUGGACGUGAAGAGCUGGCCCAUGGUGCUGGAUACAGAUGACCUCCCCAGAAAGAAGAGCCCCCAGAUGUACAAGCCCCCGACCCCAGAGAUGUUAGCCUACCUGGACUUCAGUGUGUCAACAACGGGCAUUUUAGCGGGGGUCAAAAUGUCUCACUCUGCCACCAGUGCCUUGUGUCGCUCCAUCAAACUGCAGUGUGAGCUCUACCCCUCCCGGCAGAUCGCCAUCUGCCUGGACCCCUACUGCGGCCUGGGCUUCGCUCUCUGGUGCCUGUGCAGUUUGUACUCGGGCCACCAGUCCAUCCUGGUCCCCCCUCUGGAGCUGGAGAGCAACGCGUCUCUGUGGCUCGCCGCAGUCAGCCAGUACAAAGUGCGCGUCACCUUCUGCUCGUAUUCGGUCAUGGAGAUGUGCACCAAGGGCCUGGGUUCACAGACUGAAGCGCUGCGGUUGCGGAAUGUGAACCUGUCGUGCGUGCGUACAUGCAUGGUGGUGGCCGAGGAGAGGCCCCGCAUAGCGCUCACUCAGUCCUUCUCAAAGAUCUUCAAGGACUUGGGGCUCUCACCACGCGCCGUCAGCACCACCUUCGGCUGCAGGGUGAACGUGGCCGUCUGUUUGCAGCCCAACAGGUUAGGGAAACUGGCUGAGCAGGGCACAGCCGGACCCGACCCCACCACCGUUUAUGUUGACAUGAGAGCUCUGCGACACGAUAGGGUACGCUUGGUAGAGAGAGGGUCGCCCCACAGCUUGCCACUGAUGGAGUCUGGGAAGAUCCUCCCAGGAGUGAAGGUCAUCAUUGCCAACACAGAGACCAAAGGACCCUUGGGAGACUCCCAUCUAGGAGAGGUCUGGGUGAGCAGUCCUCACAAUGCCACAGGCUACUACACAGUCUACGGGGAGGAGGCCCUGCACGCUGACCACUUCAACACCAAGCUCAGCUUUGGCGACACGCAGACCGUCUGGGCGAGGACGGGCUACCUGGGCUUCCUGCGGCGCACCGAGCUGACGGAUGCGAGUGGAGAGCGCCACGACGCCCUCUACGUGGUGGGCUCUCUCGAUGAGACUCUGGAGUUGAGAGGAAUGAGGUAUCACCCGAUUGACAUCGAGACCUCCGUCAUACGUUCUCACAAGAGCAUAGCUGAAUGUGCGGUGUUCACUUGGACCAACCUCCUCGUGGUGGUGGUGGAGCUUGAGGGGUCGGAGCAGGAGGCCCUGGACCUGGUGGCCCUGGUCACCAACGUUGUCCUGGAGGAGCACUACCUCAUCGUAGGAGUGGUGGUGGUGGUCGACCCCGGCGUCAUCCCCAUCAACUCCAGAGGGGAGAAGCAACGCAUGCACCUCAGAGACGGAUUCCUGGCCGACCAGCUGGACCCCAUAUACGUGGCUUACAACAUGUGAGGGCCGUGCUGCGGGAAGGGGAGCCUGCAACGUGAAUCAUCGCACAAGGAGAAUGUGGGAGCCCAGAAUUGUUGCAGGUCCGGGAUCCGUCCCCUCGCCUUCUGCGAAAAGAAAAAAAAGCUCUCCUUUCUUGCUCAAAGACGGGAAAUAUGAAAGAAACGUGGAUGCAAAACUUCACAGCAAAAUGGAAAGAAACACCGGGAGAAACAACAUGGACUAAAAACACUGUUAUUUUUUCUCCCCAGUAUUUCCAGCCUCAGAAAAUUGGAGAAGAGAGUUUCGUCUGUAUGUACGAUAAGGCGCCUGACAACUUACUUUGUCGAUCUCCAAUACUAUGAAUGUUAGUUGUAUCUGCUAUACCCUUGUGCCAUAGAGCCGGACUGACACCAGGACCCAAACCCUGGUUCAAAACCAGCUCAAACGGAUCCCCCUGUGCCAUUGCAGGUCAGAAAAGUUUGUCCCACGUAUGUUGUCAUUUCCUCUGUGGGAGCAGCUCUUCAGAUUGUGGCUGCACCCUGAAGUAAACCUAUAUAUAUAUAUAUAUAUAUAUAUUUGUUUUCAGAUCAUGUUAUUGGAUCGACAAAGUUGGUGUGAUUUGUUACUCACCCAGGAGGUGGUACUUUAGUUCAUGGUGUCCGUAACAGGACGUGUAAAAAUAAUAUGGUUUGACUUACUUACUUUUUUUUAGACCUUACUAAAUCUAAAAUGUGUGACAUAGUUAUUGUUUUAUCUGAACAAAAUGCAAUAUGAGUGAUGUGAAAGAAGAAUUUUGAAUGACUGCAGACAAUAAGUGCCAUUUGUUCAAAGUCUUGACAUGGCGAGGAAUAAUAAUCGUUGCUCUCUAUUAGCAACGUGCCAAAUGAUAUGAAUUAAGCCUUAAGUGUUUUUUCAGACGCCUGGUCCUUCUCCAGCACCCGUUUUGUGAACUUUAUCAGCUUGGAAAGAAAUAGACAUGCAGAGGGAGCUUAAGGUAUGAUAAACCCUGCUCUUAUUGCACCCAAAGUCCUUCCAUCUUUUUGGACAAGAUGGAUAAACUUGAUCAUAACUUCAGCCACUACAAACACACUCACUCCAUAAAUGUUCGUCGUUGUGUUUCAUAGCAGAAGUCUAUGACGGAUGGCAGCCGGUGUAGGUGUGAAGCAGAAUGUUAUAGCCGCACAUCGAGUGCCGUAAGGUCGAAAUGGGAGUUGGGAAAAUGUUGCAUGUACCAUAUGAAGGCAAGUGUCUAAUAUGCUAGUAACACUUUGACCUCCCACCUUACCGCGUUUACUUUGCAAAGAUUCACUCCACUGUUGCUUCUUUUCUCUACAUGCACAUCCCUUCAGAAACGGGCUGCGGCCCGCUGUAAGUAUGUACAGGUUUUAUGUAAAUUAUGAACAGAUGAGAGGAAGCAUAACACAAAGACUGAAUGUUAUAUACGUGUGAACUUCUCCCUCACAGACAAACAUGAUUUUAAACUUUAUUCUCAUGCGGACUUUGGGAUGAGACAUGAAAAAGCCUUGUCAACAUUUUUAUAGUAAGAAAGAGCAGUGGGAACUUUGGUGAUGAGGCGAAGCACAAGGAGAGCACGGUUACGCUGUAGUGACGGCCGAGUGGUCACACAGUCCAGAGCAAACUUUGGUUGUUAACACAUGAAAAGGUGCAUUUGUCUGAUACAUGGUUAGUUGUCAUUAUUUUCAUAACCUGAUUUCUUAAUGAAUAAAUAAGUGCUUUUGACUUGAAA